ACAGAGAUAACUGCACAACGGACCAACUGUUCCUAAACCUGAACAGAUAGAAUGAGUCUGGUUUAUAAUAUUAUGCAUUUAGUCUGAUAUAGGCCAAUAUUUGAUGAACCUGAUAAUAUGGAGAUUUUCUACGAAAGAUUAUCACUGUUGUUGUUACUACUAUUAAGCAAAUUGUCCAUCUCUUUAACCCAACAAUCAACAGAUGUUUCAAGAGAUAAGUCUGCUGGUCAGUCUUCAACUGAUAGUCCCAGUAGUGAUUAUUUUGCUGAUUUAGCUGUUGAUGGUUCUGAUAGUACAUGUUCUCAAACAAUAGUGCAACAGCAGAAUCCUUAUUAUUGGUUUGUUGAUUUAGGAGACAUCUACAGUGUUAACUAUGUUCUUAUAUAUCCAGAAAAUGGAAACCAAGCCAGUCUGAUUGACACUGAGGUGUAUGUUGAAAAGACAUAUGCAGUCCCUAGUAGUAGUAGUAGUAACCUGUGUGGAUCUACUAUCACCACAUCAACCAUGCUGAGAUCCUCCAGUUACUACUUCAUAAACUGCAUUCCAUCAAUUAAUGGACGUUAUGUUUUCUUAUAUCGAAGUGGCACUAAUAACAUGAAGCUCACUCUGUGUGAAGUUCUAGUGUAUGGAGGUACAAACAUUCAUUUUUUUUUUGUGGAAUCACUUGCCUGUUUCUGUUAAAGACCAUUCUCAAAUUUAGUCAUCAUUUUAUAAUUGUACUAUUAAUGAGUUAAUGAGCAUCAUGACAUUAUUUUACCUACUGUAUUAACAAAACAGAUCGAGGCCUGUAUUCAGAAAAUAGUCCACUUUUGAGAAUACAGCUAGAAUGUUUAAGAAAGUUUUUCUAUCAAUUUUGUGCUUGGAUGGCAUGCCAUCAGUAAUACUGUACAG